GCGGGCAAACAGCAGUGCGCCAUGGCUGUCGUCCUGGAAACAUCUGCCGCGCUGACAGCCGUCUUCACGUUUCUGCUGGCGACGACUGGCACCGCGGCAAACCACACCUGCACCAGGAAAGUCGCGUUCACGGAGACAGCUUUUGAUGUGGAGUACAGACCAAUCAUCCGCACCUACUACACACUCUGCUGGAGCGGGAGAUGCAGCAAGAACCGCGUCUUCUGGCAGACUGUCAAGACCUCGAAGGUGAUUCAGUCAUACAGGACCGAGGUGGAGUGCUGCCCGGGCUACAGCAGGGCGUCACAAUCGCACGACUGUGAACCCGUCUGUGAAGGAGGCUGUCCUCCGAGGCAGGAGUGUUCUGCUCCAGGCAGGUGCAGCUGUAAGGAGGGCUACCUGGCAGCACCAGCAGACAACAGCUGCCUGAGUCCGUGCGAGUUGCGGGGCUGCGAACACGGCUCCUGCACGGACCUGCACACAUGUACCUGCGACCCGGGCUACAGCCACCAGGAGGGUGGUCCGUGCCAGCCGGUGUGCGCCGUGGGCUGCGGCAAGAACGCCCGCUGCGUGGCGCCCGGCCGCUGCGGCUGCCUGGAGGGUUACGGAGGGCUGGACUCCAGCGGAUGCCACCCGCUGUGCAAGCUCCAGCCUCGCGGGGCCGAGUGCGUCGCCACGGAGCAGUACCAGUGUCUGCGGGGGUAUGUGUUCGACAAGCAGACGGAGACAGAGUACAUCUGCCGUCCGACAUGUAAAGUCGAGUGUAAGAAUGGGAAGUGUGUGGCACCCGGCACGUGCGCCUGCCUCGAGGGCUACGAGUUGACCACCAGCUCCACCUGCAGCCCCAUCUGCCAGCACGUGUGCUCACAUGGCGACUGUGUGGCGCCGGACACGUGCCGCUGUCACCCGGGCUACCAGCUGGACCCUCAGGACGCGACCAACUCUACGUGUCUGCCCGUGUGCCGGUUGGCCUGCAUCAAUGGCCAUUGCACAGCUCCGGACACAUGCAGCUGCUUUGAUGGCUAUGUGGGUCCUAUGCCAUCCAACAGCAGCCUAGAGUCUAGCAGGUAA